AUGGUCGUCAGGCUCUCCUUCGUGAAGCUGAACCGGGGCGGCGCGCUCCGCUGCUCCAAGGACGGAGCCGCCAUAACUAGCUCCUCGUCGCCAUCUCUUCCGCUGCCCCGCACCCGCACACGGCACACCCUCGCCGUCGGAAGAGGAGGAUCGGACGACGCGGGGCAGGAGCAACAUCCUCCAAAGGGGAAGCCGAAGAAUACAGGAUUCAUCAUCGCGUUCACCAAGGAAGUCAUCAUCGCCAUCCGCUGCUCCCCAAUCUACCCGGCAAUCGACGUCUUUGGUCUACCCUUCUUCGGCUGCUUCCUCCACGAGGUUGGCCGACGCUGCACGCUGCUCUCCCGUCGGCAGGUUUCUUCCUGCUGCACCCGCACCAUGACGGGACUCGCCUGCUUGGUGAUCCUAAAAAAAAAACUACAUCCAGUCCACUGCUCUCCCCCGCGUCGAUCCCAUCCUCCUCUCCCCCGCAUCGCCGCUGGCCUCACCCCAACAGGCGCCACAACCGGCGACUUCGCCUCUCACCGCCACCCCCUCUCAUCCCCUCCCGUCGUGGAAGAUCGAGCGACAACCGCGGCGUGGGCGGGCGGCGCCAACACGCUGCUCUCGGCCGCGGAGCUGCUCCCGCCGGGCCACCCGGACCCGUCCGUCGCCUGCUCGCCUCCCGCGGCGUCUUCUCCGAGCACACAGCCGACGGAGGACGGAGGCCGGAGGGGGUACGCGCUUGUGCUGGCGUGGCCCCGGUUCCACAAGGCCAUGCUCAACCCCGCUGGCGCCGAGCCCUUCGCAUGCGCCCACUCCGGCGUCCCCGCCUACGCCUACUACGGACAUGACCGGGAGGCGAACGUGGUGAUGCACGACGACGAACAUCUACUCAAGGACAUCCUGCUCGGCGAUGCUCCUCUUCGUCAGCAUCUCCAGCGCGUGGUCCAGAAGGGCAUGUUCCUUGACAGUGCUGCCAUGGACGUCUUGUUGGAUCGGCAGGGAAGAGGUCAAGCCAGAGGUGAUGCACAUCCAUAGAGUCAUGGUCCAAACCGUACACGGCACUCACAUGCCAUGACCAUCGUCAUCUUGUCGGUCAAGCGGAAGUAGUGGCUAUUGCUCCACCACAGAAGCAAAUGUGAUGAUCAACCAAAAGGAAACAGAGCCCCCUGAUCUGUGUCGUGAAGAUGAACCUGAUUGACCAAAGAUUCGCCUGGGCGCACCAAUGAGGCGAGCUGAAAACACCUUCUACUUACUUGCAGGAAAGAAGUGUUCCUGCGCAGGGAUGAAUGAUGAACCUGAUUGGCCAAAUUGAUGAGUAGUACUGUAUAAGAAACCUUCAGCAAACGAAGCGUUUGUGGCAGGGAUCGCUGGGGAGUUUUAACCAUCGCCGAGAAUCAAGGCUUGCAACACCGCCCAGGGGACACGGAGAAUCAAGGCUCGCCGCCCCACUGAGAAGAUUUUUAAGGGCAUGUACAAUGGUCGAUAAGGUAGGCUUAUCUUAAAUCUUGCAUGUAAUUUAGACAUGACAAAAAAUCAUGUCUACAAUGGGUCAUUUCUUAGCCUUAUCU